AUGGCAGUCAAAGCUAACUUUCUCAGCCUCCCCGCCGAGCUGCGAGAUCAGAUCUACCAUCUCUAUUUCUGUGUCGGCGGAUAUGCUUACGAUGCCGACUCCGACUGCCUCAAGACCGCCGCCGACAAUCGCCCGAUCGAUCUCGCCCUCCUCUACACUUGUCGUACCGUCGCAAACGAAGCUAUACACCUCCCUCUGUUGCUGAACAGCAUCAAGUUCACUACCCUCUAUCGCCGCGACUUGAAUAACCUGGCGGGAUGCUUCAAUAUGGUGUCUGGUCUGUACCACCAUCUCCAGGCAGACUUUUUGCUACAACUUGCACACGUCUUGACGCCCGAGAUGCGCGCUGAGCUUGCUUUAGAAUACCCAAACUUCAACUCGCACCUCUACAAUGCUUUGAGGAUCCGUGAAUUUGACAUUGAAGAAGGGGAACGACGUUACGAUGACUCACCCGAAGACCGAGCAUAUCAGGCAUGGUCGUAUUCUCGAAAAUACAAUGGCAACUCCAUGGCUAUUGCUGCAAAAGUCUGCCUCAAGAAUCAGAUGGAGGACACCUUUUGUGUCUCAGCAGAAGCGUUUCUCAGGGAGUCCGAAUUCUGGGAAGACCAUAUUUAUACCAACUUCCGCCCUCCGUGCAACAACCCAGGACAUUAUAUCGGCUUUUCCAACCUACCUCGCCAUGUGGAUAGGGACUGGAAAGAUCUGUCCAGAAGCGUUUGGGGAGUUGAACGCUUCUUUUCGCAGGCCCUGAAACUAUUGGCUGCACACGAACCGGCCAAGUUUCGCCACCAGGUAUACAAGGUAUUCCCGGAAUGGGACGGUCGUCAUUCAGCCCAAGAGUUCUUGAACAUGCGCUUUGACCACUGGGCAAUUCCUUCGCGGUCUCAAGUCCAACAUGCGACAGGGCUGUUGGCACUCGACGCUAUGUGGAAUGUGCCGGAUAUGUGGUAUGGUCCUCCCGAUGAUGAUGGGACCUCUGGUAUUCGCUGUCGACAGAAGAUCCGAUUCUCAGCUGCCGCCAACGCCAUCCGGUUCCUCGAGACGCGCAUUCCCCCCCAACAUCGCCUCAACAUUCGGACUCUUAUCCUGCAUGAAGACUCACCAUCAGUCAACGUCCCAUCGACUCAUGCUCAGGGUCUAGCCCCCUUCUUUCGGGAGAAUCCUCUAUUGCGAGUCGAACGCCGUGUUGACAUGAUGCGCUGCAUGUAUGGAGCAUUCGACAACGCUGGGGAUGUGGCAGGUCACUUCCUAGAUCCAGACGAGUGGCCCAGUACAUUCGUACUGACGGCCGACAAGCUUGUGCCUCCUAUACUACAAUGGCUGACAGACGCACUUGCCGUGACACGUGUCGGCAUUCCCGCCGAGUCAUACACACUCAUCCUGGAAGCUGGUCCUUAUAGGGACUACUUUACAAAUUUUUGUCAGCAGCGGCUUCAGAAGGAGAUCGCUUGGAGUCGGGCAUUGAAAUACCUCGAUCAGAGAGAUGCUUUCAAUCUCGAAGGAAGCAACUUGACAAUUGCUGAGCCUCUCCACAUGAGGUUUAUGAUGACAUGUGAAGACACCGAUGUGAUCGAGAGUCUGGCGAACGAAACCUCGCCCAUCCUGCGCAGUGACUUCAAUGCGGGAAUCGCAUUGGAUGUCGGCGCCAUAGUAAACCAAACACGGUAUCUGUCAACCGAAGAAUGGUUUUGCGAGUGGUAUUCUGACAAGUGGUCGUGGGAGCCCCUCCAAGAACAGCCGCCGGAUCUAGUGGAUUACAAGGUCAGAUUGGCCGACAACUACGAGAUACAGAUCGACCAGUAA